UCGAAGAAGAAGACUCGACUUUGUUCUGUUUGCAUGCCAUGUCCUCUUUCAACACAAUGUUUGCAGUGCGUUCGUUGCUCCGUACAGCGCAUAUCAGAUAUGCGGCAGCCGCUCAAUUUCACGCAACUUCAAACUGCUGUGGCGCAAAAGUCGCUGUUGUGUUGUCUGGAUGUGGAGUUUAUGAUGGCACUGAAAUACAUGAAGCAUCAGCAAUCCUUGUGCAUCUAAGUCGUGGAGGUGCAGAGGUUCAGAUGUUUGCUCCUGAUGUGACUCAGAUGCAUGUGAUUGACCACAGCAAGGGUCAGCCUGUUGAGAAAGAAUCAAGGAAUGUUUUAUCAGAGUCGGCACGUAUCGCCAGGGGCAACAUCACUGUCCUGGAUAAACUGAGUGCCAAUAAUCAUGAUGCAGUCAUCUUCCCUGGUGGUUUUGGUGCAGCUAAAAACCUGUCAACAUUUGCUGUUGAUGGAAAGGACUGUAGUGUGAAUGAGGAAGUGGUGCGGGUUUUGAAUGAAUUCCAUAAAGCGGGAAAACCGAUUGGGCUAUGCUGUAUAUCUCCAGUGUUGGCAGCGAAAGUUCUCCCUGGUGUGGAUGUGACAGUGGGUCAAGAGGAGGAGGAAGGUGGGAAGUGGCCCAAUGCUGGUACUACACAAGUCAUCACUGCACUGGGAGCCAAACAUACUGCUAAAAAUGUCACUGAAGCCCAUGUGGACCAGAAGAAUAAGGUGGUGACCACACCUGCAUUCAUGUGUGAAACAAAAUUGCACCUGAUCUUUGAUGGGAUUGGUGCUAUGGUGAGAGAUGUCCUGAAGCUCUGUGGGAAGUGAGAAUUCAACCACCAUAUCAGUAUUUUCAUAUUCGCUACCAGGGUUGGGGUGUAACGAAAUACAUGUAACGGGAUUACAUAUUUAAAAUACAAAAUAUAAGUAACUGUAUUCCACAACAGUUACGAUUUAAAUCAUUGGUAAUUAGAAUACAGUUACAUUCAUAAUGUAUUUUGAUUACUGAAGAGAUUACUUUGCAUUUUAUUGUCGUUUGUUUAAUUUAAUAUUUAAUCCUUUCAGAUGUAAAACAUUUAUACAUAUAAAUUAUGUGAUCCAAAGUGCAUUUGAACCGCAGUGAAACACUUUCUUAUGAUGUGUUACAUAUAUACGAGCAGACAGAGAAGUAUGUUUGAAGUAAGUUUGGAGCAGAAGAAAUAGAAAUAAACCUUGUGUAAAUUGUCAGCUUUACGCUAAGCUAAAAUGCUAUUUCUAGCCAUUUUACAUGCACAUGUUACCAGGCACGAUCGUAUUUUUUUAUCAAGCAAAUUCACGUUGGAUCAUAAUUUAUUUUUUUCUAGUAAGACCUGUGAUAUUAGGGAAAAUUUUAUUCUUGAUAAUAAUUUUUGCAUUGUUUUCCUGUAAAAAUAUCUAUAUUUUUAAUUUAAGGAUAAAAAAAAAUCCUAAAAACAAGAUCAAUUUGAUUUAUCUUGUUUUAGAAACAACACUGCAUAAGAUAUUUAGGUUUUUCAGAGAAUGUAUUUUUAACGUGCAUUUUGUAAAAAAAUGUGUAUUUGAGUUUUUAUAGUCAAAACAAGUGAAAAAAAUCUGCCAGUGCUGAAGAAGUAAUCCAAAGUAUUUAGAAUACGUUACUGACCUUGAGUAAUCUAACGGAAUACGUUACAAAUUAAAUUUUACGGCAUGUAUUCUGUAAUCUGUAGUGGAAUACAUUUCAAAAGUAACCCUCCCAACCCUGUUCGCUACAUAGAGCAAUUGCUUGUCUAACAUAUACCAUCUGUACCAGGAUGCAUUAGUAAAAAAAAAAAAAAAAUUUUUUAAAAAAGUGAUUGUACUGAUUUGCACUGAAACGCUUUAAAAAUGGUCAGACAUUACUAAUCAAACGUGUUUUUGAGUGAAAGUACUAGUGUUAUUGUGUACAAUGUCCAGGGGAGGGCACUCUCUAAUUCUCUUGUGAAAGCUCAAAAUAAGUAAUAGUUAAUGCUUUUUCUGUGGAGGAAACCUUGUUAUUGAAAUGUUCAUAAUGGAAAUUAUAUUUUGAAACUGUGAAAUAUACAGGAUGUAGCUCUCAUUUUUCAAAUUUUUAAAAAUUCAAUUUCAAGGAAAAACAAUUGAUAGAGUACUUUCUUUAUACAGCUUAUGUCAUUUUAUUCUUUAAAUAUAUUCAUUUAGACAGUGUUUUUAAAUCUGAAGUCGAAAGGAUCAAUAAAGUCAAUACUUUUUCAGCUAAA